UAGAAAAAUCUAACUAUACAAAGAACAGUACUUAGCCAGUCAAGAACACUUAUCUUUUACUAAUCCUUCUUCGAGAAAUGGAUAUGUUUUGUUACAAUCAGCUACAACAGAGUCAGUACUUGGAUUCGAGAUCAGUUGAGAUAUCAUCACCAGUAUCUGAUUCAAGUUUGAGUAACCGGAAUACAUUUUCCGAUGAAGAAAUUCAACUAGCAUCAGAUAAACCGAAACGGAAAGCGGGGAGAAUGAAGUUUCGGGAGACAAGACAUCCAGUUUACAGAGGAGUAAGGCAGAGGAAUAAUGAUAAAUGGGUUUGUGAAGUUAGAGAACCGAAUAAGAAAACAAGGAUUUGGUUAGGUACUUUUGCUACACCAGAAAUGGCUGCUCGUGCUCAUGAUGUUGCAGCAAUGGCAUUAAGAGGUAGAUCAGCUUGUCUUAAUUUCGCUGAUUCUGUUUGGAGAUUACCUGUGCCGGUUUCUUCUGAUCCUAAUGACAUUCGGAAAGCAGCAGCUGAAGCUGCCAAAGCAUUCCAACAAUCAGAAUCAGUUGAUGAAGUUAAUAAUUCCGGGCAUUUGGAGAAUUUUUCACCGGUGAAUUCGAUGGUUUCGUCUUCGCCGGGGAUUUCUUCUUCGGAGAAGGUGUUUUAUAUGGAUGAAGAAGCAGAAUUUGAAAUGCCAAGAUUACUCUCUGAUAUGGCUGAAGGGUUGUUACUGUCACCACCUCCUUCAAGAGGGUUCAGUUGGGAUGAUAUGGACAGUAAUCAUGCUGAUAUGUCACUCUGGAGUUACUCUAUUUAAAAUUUACCUCUUCUUUUUGGCAAUGAAGGGUAAAUUGGCAGUACAAAUAUUAUUGUACUUGAAUUUUGAAGUCUAUGUAAAAGGGGUAUUUUCAAAUACUCUGUUUUAGUUUGAGAGUCUUAGGUAUAUAUCAAGUAGUAAUUUUUAGUCAUGUACAGUAAAAAAAAGGUUCAAGUUUGUAAGAGGGAAUUUCCUGAAUCAACAAUAAACAAGAGUUUUAGAAUUCAAAUUCUCA